AUGGAAAAUCAAGGUAGUGAGAAUGCUUCCAACAAUGGUGUUUCCAAUAAUCAGAAUGAUUCCCCACUUUCAAUCCUCUUUGAACAAGCCGAAAAUCUAGUUCCGACUUUGAGUACCAGUGAACUUCAGCAAUUGAGAGAUCACAUUCAAGCAGAGACUGAUCACCGUCAUCAAGAAAUGAGUCAUCGACAUGAAGAAGAAGAACAAAGGAGAAGAGAGGAGAAGGAAAAGUAUGAUCGUAAGUUUGCUGCAUGGAAGCCCAAGUUUUUGGCAUAUGAUCAGAGGAAGGGAGAGGAAUGGAUGAAGAAGCAUUCAGACUGCAAGGGAUAUGGGAGUGCAACCAAAGAGGAUUCUGAGGAAUCAGAAGAGGGGAUGGAGUAUGAUAUUGAGGAGGUGAACACCAGCGAUUUGGAUUCUGAUGCUGCAGCAGAUAAAGCAAGGAUGGAUGAGUAUAAUGAUAGGAAAUUGAAGGGGAUAUUUGAGUUUGAACUGUUAAAUCCCAAGAUUUAUGCAAGGACUAUGCGUGAGGGGGAGAGUAGCAGUGAUAGUGAGGAGACCCUAGAAGAUGAGACCGAUGGAGAUCGGGAUGGAAGUGAUGCUGAUGAUGUUGAGAGUACUCCGUCGUCUGUCGACACAUCUCCUGCACCUUCUGAAAGUGCUGAUGAGUGGUUCCGAGAAGAGGAGGAUUGGAAUUCUGAUGAUGAUGACUAUUAG